AUGGCAGGCAAGGUCCAAGUCAACGGCACAACCUCCGGCUACAGCCCGGAUGUCCAGUCCCAAAUCACCACAGCGCUGUUGCAAAGCGGCGGCGUAAAGCGCAUACAAGAGACGCUCCAGCAACGCCUCGAUGAGGAUGGCUGGACACAGAACCUGCGCGAUUAUGUUGACAAGCUGUUCAGGAGCGGCGAGGCUACGACAUACGAUGAUGCUUAUACCAAAGUUAUGCAGCAUAUUGGGGGUUCUGCUGGCGAGCCAAAUCUGUCUGUGCCGAGGAGCGCCAAGGAGGGUGGUGCGGAGGUAUUGAGGAAGGAGUUGGAGAAGAUCAGACCAGGACUUGGUGCGAUUGAAGGAGGGCUUAUCACAGCAUUACUUUCCCGUCACGACUCAACCAGAAAUCAUGCAAGCACGACAGCCCGUCGCAAGGUCGACGGUGGUAGCAGUGUGGUACUGGUGCCUCAGCAUAUCAACCCGGUAGCGAAAGACUGUAUGACCAUUUUAGUCACGCAGACCUUCCGCAUGAGAACCGUUGGGGUGGCAGAUAUGGGAGCGUAUGCUCGAUCUGAGGCGCGAGGCUCCGCACGGGCAUCACUUGCGGGAGUUGCGUCAAGGCGGACUCUGUCAUAG